UUCGGUCUUCAUCUAACUGCGAAACAACCAAACAACCAACCAACCAUCCGAUCAACCAACCAAACGAACCCAAACAGUUCAACUUAAAUUUCAAUAUAUCCUUCGUUCGCGUCGUGUAAUCCUUGUGUUCAAUAUGAAGUACUUUGUUGCCAUUGCCUUGCUGUUCGCCGCUGCCUGCCAGGCUGUGCCCAUUGAAUUGGGUCACUAUGCUCCAUCGUUGGUCCAUCAUGCUCCAGUCCUAGCCCAUGCAGUUCAUGCUGUGCAUGCUGAGCCCGUGGCUUAUCCUAAAUAUUCAUUCAAUUAUGGCAUUAAGGAUCCUCAUACUGGUGAUAUCAAGUCGCAGGCUGAGGAGCGCGAUGGUGAUGUUGUCAAGGGCCAAUACUCGCUGGUCGAACCCGAUGGCUCUGUGCGCACCGUUGACUACACAGCCGAUGAUCACAAUGGCUUCAAUGCUGUCGUCCACAAGACUGCUCCCAAGAUCAUUGCCCAUGCGCCAGUUGUGCAUGCGCCAGUUUUAGCACAUGCCCCUUUGCUGCAUCAUUAUUAAAUGGCAUAAAAUUGCACAAUUGCAGAAGAGAGUCAAAGUCAACCCAGGUGCUGUACAUGCUCUCUCUCUCAUUUGCA